CUAUUGCUUGGGGGUGACUCACAGCUCCCGCCCCUUUUCUCUUUGCUUUCUCGCACCACGUGCUCUCCGGGCCGCGCCUCCAGCAGCUGCCCUUCCCAACUGCCUGUUGGAAGCUGCUGUAAAAUGUCGUGAGGGGCGUUGCCGCUUUACGGUCGCCUCUCCCAGACGAGCGCCCGGGAGCGCCCACCGCCGUCAGCCCCGUCUCCCAGAGUCAGCCCGGCCGGAGAGUGAGCGACUCGGCGCCCCGCCGCCCUCCCCGCCGCGCCCGUUCCGGCCCCCGGCGAUGUGACGGCGAGGAGGCUGCGCUGCCCCCUGGCCCGGGGGUCGAGACGGGCGGCAGGUGCCUGUGAGGCAGGCGGGCGGGUGCUGGGGGCCGGCAGGAUGGAGGAAAGCAUGGAAGAGGAGGAGGGGGGCAGCUACGAGGCGAUGAUGGACGACCAGAACCACAACAACUGGGAGGCUGCGGUGGACGGCUUCCGGCAGCCCCCGCCACCCCCCUCGGCGAUCCCAGCCCCUGCCCGCGAGCCGCCGGGGGGGCCGCUGCUGGCGGUGCCAGCGGUCUCGGUGGACAGGAAAGGCCCCAAGGAGGGGCUCCAGCUGGGGCCGCCACCGCCGGAGUCCAAUGGGGUGAUCAUGAUGGUGAAGAGCUGCGACGCGGCCGCCGCCGCGGCCAAGGCGGUCCCCGCCCCCAACCCCGGCUCCACCAUCAACAUCAACACCUCCACCUCCAAGUUCUUAAUGAAUGUUAUAACUAUUGAAGAUUAUAAGAGCACAUACUGGCCAAAAUUGGAUGGUGCCAUAGAUCAGCUUUUAACCCAGAGUCCUGGUGACUAUAUCCCCAUAUCCUAUGAACAGAUAUACAGUUGUGUGUAUAAAUGUGUAUGCCAGCAGCACUCAGAACAGAUGUAUAGUGAUCUGAUUAAAAAGAUAACUAAUCACUUAGAGAGAGUCUCAAAGGAGCUGCAGGCCAGCCCUCCAGAUCUCUAUAUUGAAAGGUUUAAUAUAGCUCUUGGACAGUAUAUGGGAGCAUUGCAGAGCAUUGUGCCUCUUUUCAUAUAUAUGAAUAAGUUUUACAUCGAAACAAAACUUAACAGAGACUUAAAAGAUGACCUUAUAAAGCUGUUUACGGAACAUGUUGCAGAAAAGCACAUUUACAGCCUAAUGCCUUUACUUUUAGAAGCCCAGUCAACACCAUUUCAGGUCACACCUUCAACUAUGGCAAAUAUUGUGAAAGGCCUGUACACUCUCCGACCAGAGUGGGUUCAGAUGGCUCCAACUCUAUUUUCUAAAUUUAUUCCAAAUAUUCUCCCUCCGGCGGUGGAAUCUGAACUUUCUGAAUAUGCUGCUCAAGAUCAGAAACUUCAAAGAGAACUCAUACAGAACGGUUUUAUGAGAGGUGACCAGUCCCGGAAGAGAGCUGGGGAUGAGCUGGCUUAUAACAGCUCCUCAGCAUGUGCGAGUUCCAGAGGGUACAGAUAGUGACUGUGUUGGAUGUACUUUCCUUCCUGCCACAAGGACACACUGGAGCUGCAGAGACUUUUCCGAGCACAGCGGGUCCUGCACUCAGGCGCUCUCACAAGGCUGCUCUCGGAAGAGGAUGUCGGACUUCUUUGAUUUGUAAUUUUAAAAAACAAAACAAAAAAAACUGUCAGUUGCUGCUAGACUCGGGGAUGAUUUUGAAAUGGGACAAUCUUCUAAUGAAAUCUAUUAAUCCAUGAGGAACAGGCAUCUUGAAAAAUGACCGUUGCUAAGUGAAAUCUGGCAGCCCAAAUCAGCAGCUUCCUCCAAAAAUAUAAGAGCAGAAGAAUUUUUUUAAGCACUGUUUUAUUCAUUUGUGGACUUGGCGCUCGGCAUAUUCAUUUCACACAUCAAGAUACGUUUAGCUUUAAAAUCAAGCAGAUCAUUACAAUACAGUAUUUUUCACCCCUAACCAAAACAAACUCCUUUAAAAGAGUUGGUCUUUGUUUAGGUUUAGAAAGUCUUGUGAAAGGAAAAUGCUAAUUCUGCUUUUGCUAUCCCUUCUCACCCAUUAGUUCACAACUUUUUUCUACUCUGUGCCUUGAGCUUUGUGCACUUUGCAACUCUGUGACCAUGUUGUCAAACUCACAGAUGCUUCCUGAAAAAGCUUCUGGUAUCCUGGAUUAACCCUCCAAGAUGUCAGGAGUGGCUUCAGAGCAGGAUGCUGAGUGAGUGGGAAAACGAAACGCCGCAUAUUGGUCAGAUUGCCCCCGCUUCACCAUGGCAUAUUCAUGUUAAUGUCAGGGACCAACUCUUACAGAACAUUUCCAUUCCCUCUGUCACUUAACAUGACUCCACCAGCUGCUGUAGUAUUGGCAUCGCGCUAGUCCAGGCGUGGCCAGCACUUCAGCAAUAAAGCUCCCCUUUCAAUGUUGAGAAUCAUCCAACAGUAAAAGCUGGCUCCCGCGAUGCUCUAGGAAGCGGAUAUGGUUAUUAAAUCCCAAUAUAAUCAGUGGUGUGGGAUUCCUGAUCCAUUUCCUUUUAAAUGGGUAGGAUAAAUACUUUUUUAAAAAGUCUGUAGUCUGCAUCUUGUGAACAUUGUAUCUAAGUCUGAAAAGAAGUAGCACUGCUGUGUUUGAGGCCCCCUUCCGGUUGUGGCCAAGCUGUGUUUUGUUUUUCUACACCCACAGUGCUAUUUAGUUGUUUAGACUCUGAAGCGUAUUCUAGCUGUUCUUGAAAGGCAAAGAAAAAUAGAAAGAUGUGGCAAAUGGGAAAAAAUUUUGUUCUCCGUUCUGCUUGACUCUAAAUUGAGCAUUAUGCUUGAGUCUAUUAGGCUAUGUCAGACUAAUGGUCACCUCUUCAGAGAACUUGAAGCAGAAAAAGAAGACAUUAGGGAUACUGUCACACUUCUGAUUUGCAGGAUUUUUUUAGAGUUGCCUCUGCCAAUUCAGUUUGUCCUUUCUUUAGGGGGUGGGAGAGAGAAGUGUGAUCUUAGGAACAAGUAAGUCAUCUAAUAGAAGUCCUCAGUGUAAAAUUAUUACUCAGAGAAGUAAAAGUAAAGGUGGUCAGAUUUUAUUUUUCUAAGUACUUGUCAACCAGAGUUGAUAGAUUUUGUGGAGGACUUGAGUUAGACUAAUUCUGUGAGUAUUUUGGAUUGUAUUGCUGAACACUGAAUUACUGUAAGAAUAUAUACGGGCUCUACCUAUGCCCUGAAUAGUUGGAUUUGCUGCACCAGUAACAUUCUCGUAUCAAGGAAAAAUUCCAUUUUACCAUGAAGGCCAACUUUUACUUUCUCAAUGGACUGCUUGUUGCAGGCUUAUAAAUAACACCUGCAACUAAAGUCUCUCCUGAGUGGUUUCAAUAAUACUUCUGCGGAAAUAAAAUUGGAUUUUUAAGAAAAAUGUUGAUAGGUUCUUUAGUAAUUUAAUAAUAUACCCAAAUGCUUUUCUGGGAGAGACUAUUGUUUGGCCAACAACAGAACUUUCCCUAUAAAAGCAUUGUAUUAUGAUGUGAAUUGGCAUUAAAACUUUUGGAUGUUUUUGUAUUAAGUUAAUGGAGAAAUAUUUUAUAUUGUCUUUUUAUUGUUAUAAUAUAUGUGUAAACAAAAAGUGGGCAGAGUCAAAUCUGCGAAACUUAGUUUCUCUAAAGUUUUGGGCAGUGACUGUAGCCAGCCCUGGGUCAGGGUUGGUCCUGCAAAGCCAGAGGGAAGGCCCUGUAGGAGGAAUCUACACGUUCUCCUGGCGCAUGUGACCUCUCCUUUCUCAUUUUCACCCCCGAGGUACAUUGCAGUAUGAAGAACCCAUUUCUUUAUUUCAAGCCAAAGUUGACCUUGCUCAUUUAAUUGGGGUUCUUAGCUAAAUUCUUAGCUUGCAACACGAGAAGAAAUAAGAUUGGAACUCCAUUUUUGUUUUGACGAAGCAUUGUUUGCCAGAAAGUAUUUUCUCAUGUUUACCUAUAUUCUUGCCAGUAUAGUAUGUAGUUUCUCCACCCAGUUGGCUUUUGUGGGGCCCAAGUCAGAAAAUUGUACAUGCAGGUCGAUUGUCAACAAGUUGAUUUGGCUAAAUUGACUAGUGUGUGUGUGCAGCCUAAAUCUAAACCCUCCAAAAGAAAGCCAGUCCAAUCACAUUGAAGUCCUGGCAUGAAAAAGUGUAAAUAGAUGAUAAUGGUUUUGAGAGAUGGUACUUCCUUUAAAGUUGGCUCGAAUCUUCGGUAACAGUGCCCUCUGAUGCCCUGUUGUCACAGCUGUACCCUAGCCCAGCAACUGCUUGGUGUUUUGUGGGGCAGAAAGCACGCCCUGACAUACAUAGUUCUUACGUAGAAUCCGUGAGAAGGAACACCAACCAGGGUGAAGGAGUUGUGCGUUAUUACAUUUUUCCUGUCCCUUUUACAAGUUUGAGGCAGCUCCCCUCCAUUUCUUUGGGGUACAGGAUGAAAACCUAUUUGUGAGUGAGAGAGAUUGCAGGAGAAUGGAUGCCCAAGGCUGUGACCACUGCACGUGCGUCCCCAGCACUGCAGCCCCCUCAAGCUGCCGGUCCCCUGUUCCAUGCUUCCCGUCGGGUUGCAGGUUUGCACACAUAAAGAAUUCCUCAGGAAGAGUUUGCACAUACAUCACCUUGCAAUAGUCUGUACUGACUGCAUAGGGAUUCGAGCGCCCUUCAGCACAAAGAGAACUUGGGAGUGGCGGUCCGUGCACACGCGCUAGCAGAGGUACGGUGAUCCAGCGGAGACGAUGGUUUCUGCAGGUAGGAAGUGAGCAGGAGCACUUGUAUCCUAGUCUUUCAUAAACCCGUUUACUCUCCCGGGGUAACCUUCCAGGUUGGUCGUCCUCUUAUGGAGGCUGGCUGUAAUUUCUUCUGUAUUUACUGUUUUAUCACAAUUAUUUUCAUGAUUAUCAUGCAAGAGUUAUUGCCCUUAAGCCAAAAGUCAAUCUACCUAAUAAAAGAGUAACAUGCUAAUUGACCAUACCUUCCUGAUGCCCACCAGCCAAUCAGGAGUGAGUAUGCAAAUUAACCCAACAAAGAUGGCGUGUUAAUUUGCAUACACAGGUGCCGAGCGGCCGGGGUGGGGCCAUGGCAACGAUGCAAGCGUUCAGCACCACCCCAGCCGCUCUGGGCCUCUGGGCAGCAUGGGAAGGCGGAAAGGCGGCUCCUGCCAGAGCAAAGGUGGUGCUGGUAGCCAGGGGAAGGAAGGCCCAUUCUUACACGAAUCUUCGUGCAUCGGGCCUCUAAUUGUUUAAUAAGCAGCUAUUGUUAAAAUAACUGAACAUUGUUUAGGAAUAUACACUAAUCUGAGAUACUAAAAAUCUUUACAACUAAAAAAACCAACACAAGAUAACCCACGUUAGCUAUCCAGUCACUGUUUGGAUGUUUUCAGUUGAUUUUUUUAUGGUGUCUCAUUGAGCUUCAGAGUAUUACGUUUACUUUACUCCAAGUCUAGGCCUCUUAAGGGGACUUUGAAAUUUAAGAUCAGAAUGUGAAUUCUGUGACUGACACCUGUAAGAGAUUGGACCUUUUUGGUUGUGUUACUGUUUUCAAUGUGAUUGCAUAAGAUGAAGUUUAUGUUUAUCAGAAGUUAAACUAGAGGUCAUAGUAGUUCAUGGAGAAAUGGAUUUCUUAUUAUUUUUAUUACCUUGUUGAAAUUUGCCUCAAAGUAGGUUUACCGUUGUUUGUAUGGAAAAUACUACAAUAAUAAAUACUACGAUAAUUAAUUACAAAUAAAUUAUUUUGCAUACUCACAACUGUAAACCUGCUUUUGCCCCACCCUGUAUGUGAAAGAACCCCUAUUAUUUUCCAAGGAAAAUAAUUCCUCAUCUGUCCCUGCUGUUUAUGAACUAAGUCAUUGCCAUGUUCCCUCCUCCACUGGCCAAGCCCCUGUUUUGAACCUCUUUCCACAGCCGAGUGACACAAGUGCAUACACUAUUUCUGCUUAUGUUGAUAUGGCUGUGGGAGAAUUACAGAAAAUGCUUAUCAGAGGCACAUUAAGACCCUGUACCCCUGCUGGUUGGGAAUUGUCUUCAUUUCUGGUUGGACUGGAUUGUUUAGGAAAAUGUUAACAGCUUACAAUUCUGGGAAAUUUAUAGUGUGGCUCUGGGGCGGAUUCUGUGGUUUGAAAAAAAUAAAUAUUUUGUAUUGAUUCCCA